ACGGUGGGUGCGCGGCGGCGGCGGCGCUGUCCGCGCCUACGGGGCUGGGCUGGGGCAGCGUCGGGCUGCGGGGACCCCGGGCUGCCCCAUACCCCACCCACGGGGCCGCCCCGGCUCUAGGGAGCCGCAGCCCGGCUCGUCCCCACGGAGCUCCCCCGGCUACGGGGACCCGGGGCCGCCCCCGGAUCGCGCCCCCUGCGCCGCUCUGCCCCACGCUUUCCAAAAUGCUGCCUUUGCUCUGCUGUUCAGUAUAGUAAGGAGCGUCUGAAGGGGAAACCGGCCGACUGCAUUAGCCCUGGGCGCUUCGAGGGGCAUCGCUGGGCAGAAGGCAGCAGCGAGGCGGGCGCUUCUCCUGCAGCCCCGCGGAGCCCAGCAGGAAGGCUGCUUCGAGGCUGUGUCGCAGCAGCAAGCGCCGAGCUGCUGGUGCUGUGAUGCCCGGCCCGGCUCGCUGGGGUUGGAGCCGUGCGCUUUGGCAGCGCUAUGGGGAAACUGCAGAGCAAAACCCACCUCCACACCUCCAAAUACAGGGCUGAUGGCUCUGCGGAGAAGAGGGGACCUGUUACGGCUGUUCAGCAGCACGGCCCUGUGCAUGCCGAGGCAGUCACCUCCGUGGCUGCUCUCAAACCAGACCUCUGCGUGUCCGGAGGGAAGGAUAAGAGCGUGGUGGUAUGUAACUGGAGAUCCGGAGCCGUGCUGAGGCGGUUCAUCGGACACGAACGUGAAAUCACCAAGGUCACCUGUGCCCUUGACUCAAACAGAGUCUUCAGCGCAUCCCGUGACAAGACUGUGAUGAUGUGGGAGCUUCUCGGGACUUCAGGACCAAGGCAGCACUUCCCAGGACAUGAACUGGUCGUUACUGGACUAGCCGUGAGCCCAGAUGCCUCCCACCUGUGCACGGGUUCACGAGACAACACUGUUUGCAAGUGGGAUGUGGAGACCGGGAAGCGCCUGUGCAGAGCUGGUAUCUCCAGGAAUCUGGUAACGCAUCUGUGCUGGGUUCCUGGGGAGCCUUACGUCGUCCAGGCGUCGGAGGAUAAAAUGAUCAGGAUCUGGGAUAGCCGGGAUCUGCACGUGGCACAUACGUUCCCAGGCAAGCGGCACAUUCAGACGUGCUGCAAUGUGAGCCAGGACGGGCGCUACUGCAUCAGCGGCAGCGGCGGCUUCGCUGGGGAGGGCUGCGAAGCGACCCUGUGGGACCUGCGGCAGACAAGGAGCCAAGUGCGCGAGUACAGAGGGCAUCUCCAAACCACAGCCGCGUGUGUCUUCCUUCCCCGGGGCCUGGCUCCGGGCCCCGUCAUUGCCACGUCCUCGUACGACUGCAGAGUGAAGCUCUGGGACCAGGACAGCGGAGCCUGCCUGGCCACCCUGUGCCUCCAAGGAGCGGGUCCCCUAGCCUCGCUGGCCGCCUGCGACGCCUCCACCCUGCUCUGCGGCAGUUUUAACGCGGGAAUUCGCUUACUCCAGCUGAGCAACCGCACGGACCUGGAGCUGGAGGAGGUGGCGGCGUUUUGACUGCGGCGACCCGUCCGGCAGAGACUGGCUCGCUCGGAGCAGCUUUGUCGAGCCCGGCCUGCUGCCUGCCGGCACCCGCAGAGCGGCGCCGGUGCCGAGCCGCCGGGGCGCUGGGAUUUAUUCAUUUCAUUUUGUAGCUCCUGGAAAACAACUAGAACUGUUUAGAAGGAAAGCCAAAUUGUAGGUGCCUUCAGGCUCAAUUCUCA